CGCAGUGCAACAGCAGCCGACAUAAGCUUCCGGUGUGUGGGAAACUGCCGGACAAGCCUGAGCCGCGCUUAGUUUUCACAAUAUAAGACACAAAUCAUGGGGUACCACACGAUUCUCUUGGUCCAGCGAGACUCGGUCAACAGUAGGAUGUACUACGACCUCCCGUCCACAAGCCAAGCAAUGGAACGCGUGGUAAAAAUGUACGAGGCUCGGUUGAAGGAGGUCAACCCGCACCAGGUUCACAUCACGUACGAUAUCACCGACCUAUACGGCUUCAUCGACGAACUCGGAGACUUGAGCGCUCUCGUGGUAAACACGGACACGGGGUUGUACACGCCACACGGCAAGUCGUGGAUAAAGGAGUACCUCUUCAAGUACUUCCAGCAGCAGGCCGAAUCCUAAGGCACGUGGCACCAUCCCGUCCGGAGCUUCACCAAGCUCUCGGGGAACGCCCCACUUGUUUUUGGAUCUUGUAGACUUUAUGGCGACUUGUAGACUUUGGGCGAGGCAGGUGUUAGUGUGGGGUACCCCCGGGGUAGUAUUGGCAUUCGCGUAGCCCCCCCCCCCUCCCUCCCCCCCAUCCAAGGGUGCAUCCUCGUUAUCGUUUUUAUUUUUUUGAAACUUUGAUGUUGGAUGAAAGUUACGACGUCCCUCCCCCUACCGUGUGUUCGUAUGGUGGCUACCGUAUCACCGUGAGGCAGGCAGGACACGGCGCGUGUCGUCGUGUUGAGCUUGGGUACCAGGUACUGUAGUGUCUCUCAACGGAAGAAAGGUGGACAUCGGCCCUGGCGUGCAGCGAGGCUGAGUCGAUCGUGUACGUACGGUGAUAAUGGUGUUAAUGGUAUUAGCCGGGAGGUGCACACAGAUAACGGAAGGAUAUUCUGCGUUCUUUUUGGACCAGACUGGGCCAAACGCUGGCAGAUCACGUCGACGAGAUUUGUAUGAGCCUCGGCCCACGUUUCUUCCUCUUGGUCAAAGUCGGUGCCGCGUUGAAUUCUGAUUGGCCGAAGUAGGCAGCGUCCUUUUAGCGUGCGACUGAAUGCUGCCCCGAACUAUGUUCAUGAGCUUCGUUGGCGCACGAGUUCCAGGCCUUGGUAAAAGAUGGUCUUCAGUUGUCCGUUCCAAUGCGGUUGGUUUACCCUUGAAGCUUAAUCGGAUGGGGGGGACGAAGGCAGCUAUAGGAUAGAUUGUUGACGGAUUGCUUCACGAUUGAGGGACAGAUGCUGUUGCAAUUUGUUAAUUACAUCAGCCUAGGCGGUUCAGGCCGUCCCAACAGCCAGAAAUCGAACCAAAUGUCGCCGGAGUUUUCGGUGAUGUUACAGUAGUACCGGUUGUCCGGGCGUUCACUCGUGAACGAACCUGAACGGAAGUCAGCGGCAGCAUGUGCUUUAUGAAAACGUUAGCGCGUAUACGUCAUUCCAACAAAACCCAUACGUUGCAACUUCGAGAAGCAUGAUGUUGAAGUCAUAUUUGCCAGUACCGUAUUCUGAGCCUUGCCCGUCCAAUCCUCAACGUCGUGGCCGUC